CGUCACAUGUGCAGGUUUCGCGGCAAAAAAGAUUUGGCGCGUAAACCCCUGCGCUUGCCGGAUCAGCUGGUGCAGAACAACAGAAACAAUAACACAGCGGUAGAAGGGGCAAGGUGAUCGUCUCAAAAACACAGAGGGCAGAUGCGGAAGAAACCUUUAUUUUCCCUGGACAGGCUCUCGCCCAGAAUAGUUCCCUUUUGGCUUUUUCUGUACAAUCUCCACUUGCUUCCUGGAUCGAAUGACUGAUGACAAAGUGGAUGCAGCAGAUAACGAUCGGGCGGAUCAUUGCGGUGUAAAGUCUGCUUGAAUGUCCAGAUCCUUUUUUUAAUCCACAUAUACUGUAAUAUAAAUAUUAACCAUUUAUGUAAAAUAUAUGGUACUGUAUGGUUGUAGAGAGAAAAGAAAACAAAAAAGAAAUGACUGGGAUAAAUUAACAAAGAAGCACCCUAAAUCUGGGCGAAAAACUAGCUUUUGUGCACGCUGAGCAAAAAAAUGUUAACUAUAUAUUUUAUAUAGUUUAUUAGUGGUCUAAAUGUGGAGACAUAGUGAACCAGCACUAAGUAAAGCCAGGGGAGCUAACCUCAACAGUAUGAUUAUAGAGCAACACGAAAACUACUCCGAGCAAGUCGGACUAGUUUGAUCUCUCUGAUGCAUGUGCAUUAACAUGUUCGGAACUGCUUAAGCAAAAGGAGUGAAUUGUGCAUCUGAAUUAAAGUAAUAUUUCCUGCUUAUACAACUCGUAAUUAAUAACACAAAGUUCGAUUUAGGCCAACGUAAACUGGUUUAGCUGAUUGAGUGACACGUUUGUAAUACUAUAUUGUCUGAGCUCUGGGAAUAAUACACACACGAAUGAUUGUUAGUGGUACUAAUAUUCGAGUCCCAGAAUGACCUGAACUCCAGGGCCUGGGAAAGUGAAAACUGCACUUGCACAGCAGACAGCGCGGAGAUCUAGAUGAAGAAACAUUAAUCGCUGUUUACUGAACUUGCAGUACUUGAAAUUAUAGGAACUGCAAGAAAUAUAAUAUGCUACAGUCGGAAGGCAUUUAUAGUUAGCUGAUUUGCUGUAUUUUUGUAACUACAGUGACAAUUUUUGUUAUGAUGUUUUAAAAGCAAAUUUGCUUUUAUUUGUUUUACAUUAUGCAAUCAGAUGUUCUGUGAUGCAAGUUAAAUGUAUCUCUUAACCACAGCUUGGUCAACUUUUAUUUGUUUUUAUGUUGUAAUGCAUCAUGGGAAGGAGCUGUUUCCUAAUUUAUACUUUUAAAAUACGCUUUAUUUUUUUGAAACCCCGAAGUUUUGUAUCCUGUACAGAUACAGAGAUGCUCGACUUUUAACGAAUAAACACAAAAUAACAGCGACAGCUUUGCCUUGUUAAAAAGAGCCGCUGACGUGCCAUGUCACAGCAGCUUGUAUCCGGACAGACCUCGGAGGAUCUUUUGGCUGAUUUUGAGUCCAUUUUAGAAGCUGGAGGUAUCGAUUUAGACCAGCAACAGAUCGUCAUUAUUUCGACACCCGGAAAUGUGGAUUUGCACCCCGCAACCUCCGGUACGGGCGGUGAAAUGUUGCUGUUCGCCACUCCACAGGGCCCAAGACCUGGGGAUGGAGGAAGGAGACCCACCUUGGGGAGGCCGCCGGUAAAAAGGAAGCUGGACCUGGAGACUGACCACCAGUACGUGGCAGAAACCAGGCAGAUUCCCCGAGGCAGGGGUCGGGUGGGAGAGGCAGGAAUGAAGUCCCCCGGUGAGAAGUCCCGCUACGACACCUCCCUGAACCUGACCACCAAGCGCUUCCUGGAGCUGCUGGCCCAGUCCCCCGACGGCGUGGUCGACCUUAACCUGGCUUCGCAGGUGCUGGAGGUGCAGAAGAGGCGAAUCUACGACAUCACAAACGUGCUGGAGGGAAUCCAGCUCAUCACCAAGAAAUCCAAGAACAACAUUCAGUGGCUGGGCAGUCGUCUGGAUGGGGUGUCUGGUGCCCAGUACCAGGCGCUGGUGAAGGAGGUGAGUGAUCUGGGAGAGACAGAGCAGAGACUGGACGAGCUCAUCACAAAGUGUAACCUGCAGCUGAAACUGCUGACAGAGGACCCGCAGAACAAAAAGUCAGCGUAUGUGAUGUGUCAGGACCUGAGGAACACAGUGGACCCCCCGGACCAGCUGCUGAUGGUGGUGAAGGCCCCCCCUGGAACACAGAUGCAGGUCUCGGACCCCAGUGAGGGGAUGCAGAUUUCUCUGAAAAGCCCCCAUGGUCCCAUCGAUGUGUUCCUGUGCCCAGAGGAUGGGGUAGGAGUCUGCAGUCCUGUGACUGGCAACAGCCCUUCCAAAGCAGCCAAUCAGGAUCUAUUACUGCAUGCCGUAACCCCAGUAACCACCACAGAGUCUCCUGCCUGCAGCUCCUCCCAGGAAGUGUCAUUGGCUCCCGUGUUAAUUCAGAGCGGACAAGAGCCUCUGCUGACAAACGCUUUAUCUCCACUGAGGGGGCUACCUGACUUUGGUAACCUUUCACCUAUGAUGUCUUCCAGUUACCAGCUGGAUAGGAACUCUGAGGAUUUCUCCCUCCCAUUGGAUUCUUUUAUCAACCUUUCCCCACCCCAAAAUCAUGACUAUCAUUUUGGAUUGGAGGAGGGGGAGGGUGUGAGUGAACUGUUUGACUGUGACUUUGGAGACUUGACCCCUUUGGAUUUUUGAAAGAUGUACAGGAGGGGAGGGGUAAUGUAAUGAGUCUGGUCACAGUAAUGAUGCUUAUCUUGUUCUCAUUUGUUUCUUGCUUAUCACUUCAAAGCCAUGGCGGUUCCCAGCUCGCUUCUACUUGGUACGCCAUUUGUCUGAUUGGAUGCCGAAUAAAUACAGACGUCUAGUCCCUUGUUGUGUAGCUUGAAACUGGGCCAAUCACAAACUCUGAAGUUGUAAUGAUUCUUGCCUUUUUCACAAAGUGGUGGGGCCUUCCACUAGAGUGAUCUAUCCUGGCACUUAAACUCUUGAUGAAAAUUUUGGAGGUUGGUUUCCAACACUACCAAAGUAGUCAGGUGGUUUUGACUGCAAGUUCUUUGCAAAACCAAUUUCCAUUCUUCUAAUAAAAGACUUCAGUGGAACCGCCAGUAUGCAUGAUUAACAAGCAAGUAGUUCAGAUGCACCUGAACCAAUUUCAGGCGCUUCACAAUUAAAAGUCAAGCUUUAAUGUUAAAGAUUACAUUGAUUCAAAUGUCAUUUUAAUGUGUGUUUUUUUUAAUAUAAAAGACUCCCUGUCUGUGAUUCUCAUUUUCCUCGCUUGAGCUUGUCUGGAGAUUCCGAAGUGACUCAUUCCAUUUAAAUCACAUGACAAUGUGACCUUUCAACUCUGCCAGCCCGGCCCACUCCCUAUAUCUAUACAUGUAGAGCAGGUGGGGCUGGCAGAGUCGAAAUGUUACACGAUUUGAAUAGAAUGAGGAAGGGCAGCAUUUAGGAUUCUCCAGGCCAGGUAAAAGCAGAUUCAGAGAAAAAAUAGAACUUAACAAAGGAGCAACAGAACCUAGAAGCAUUCAGAAUUAUUGCAAACCCUUCUAAUAAUGACAUCUCUAGCUGCAUGCUCUUCACUGUCUGACCAAGGCAGUCUAGUGUGUUAGGAUGUUAUUAAAGGAGCUGUGUGUUUUGACAGUACUAUAUGUUUGGAAGGCAAAUAACUUCUAUUAACUACAGUCCAAGCUCAUUUCAAAAAGACACAAUGUACUGUCUUGUAGUAAUAGUAUCUGAAAUCCUGUUGCACCUUCUCAUUUUAGAGAAUGCUGAAGGUCAUGAAGUCUAUCUUAAUUAUCUAAAACAGAGCCACCUUUUAAACUUUGAAUCCUGCUCUAUCUCAGACUUCCCGCAUGUUCAGAGCCCUGCGAGAGGGGAACUGCAGCAGGAUCAAUAGUUACAGAGCUGUAGCAUUCGGAUCACUAAAUGGGUCCCGAAUGCAAAGCUAGAAACUAGAACUGGAAAGCAUAGUAAGUGGCCAAUUAAAGAGCCCUUGUUUCUAAGAAGAAAGAACAAAAGACCUGGGAAUAGCUUUUAUAUUUUUUUAAAUUUUGUAAUAGAUUAGUUUCUUGCCAAGAUUCAACCUUUUAGUUUCUAAUUGGUAGGACUUAAUUUAAAUAUGGUUCCACAGAGGUUUUUGUAAGGCACUUUUUUGUACUGUGUGAUGUAAAUUUGUUUUUGAAUUUGUUGGUGUAUAUUGUUUUAAUUAUUUAAUCUUAGGCAUAUUGAUCUGAUGAUAGAGUUGCUUUAUUUUCAUGUACAGAAUUUGAAAUGUUUUUUAUAGUGGGGUUUAUACAUUGUCAUUUUUUGUUUGCUUAUUGAAAGAAUAACUUAAGGCUGUUGUGUCCUUGAAAAUACAGCAAUGUUCCUAUGGAGUUUUUUCUUUUAUUGUUUGACAGCCAUGGGAUAAUGCUCCCAUCUAAAUAAGGUGCGGUUGAUCAGUUUAUUACUUUUGUAAAAUUGAGUGGGAAGAAUCAUGUUAUGCAUUUGUGGAAGUCAGAUUUUGACAAUCCAAAAAAAAUAAAAAAUAGAUUUGAGUAAUA